GGACUUCCUGCUGCGGCAGCGAGAACGAGCGGACAGGGUGGCUGAGGGCGGGCUGGAGUGACCUGCAGGCUGGGGACUAGUGACAUGCGUGGAUGAAUAGAAUUCCCGGCUUUGUGAGUGCCCGUGGAGGUGCCUUUGUAGUGUGUAUCCUGUGUGUUACCUGCCUGGGGAGCCUGAGUCCCCAUUCUGUUGUCUUCCGCUUAAUCAGACAGACACCAUGGAGGCACCUCCAGUCACCAUGAUGCCAGUCACUGGGGGCACCAUUAACAUGAUGGAGUACCUGCUGCAGGAAAUUAUACCCCAUUUCCCUAAACUGAUUAAUAGUGACAUGGAAGAUCCAUUUGUAGAAGACUUGGGCCCCUGCACCCGUGUGGGAGUCCUGGAAGAAGCUCCUGGAUCCUGGCUGGCUUCGAUCGGCACAGCUCCAGCCAUUGAAGCCAUCUGGGGAACACCUCCAGAGAACCCUGGGACAGUAGAAGAAGCAGGCCAGCCCACUGCAGAUCCAGGCAUGAUCAUGGACAGUGUGGAAGCUGGAGACACAACUCCUCCCACCAAAAGGAAGAGCAAGUUCUCAGGCUUUGGCAAGAUUUUCAAGCCCUGGAAAUGGAGGAAAAAAAAAAGUAGUGAUAAAUUCAAAGAGACAUCAGAAGUUCUAGAGCGAAAAAUAUCUAUGCGCAAACCAAGAGAAGAGCUGGUUAAAAGAGGUGUUCUGUUGGAAGACCCUGAGCAGGGUGUUGAGGAUCCAGAAAAGUCAAGCUGCACCAUGUUAAAGAAUGGCCAUACCACCCCUGUAGGGAACAUUAGAUCUCCCAGUCCAGUCCACACAGAGGAAGAACCAGCAAGCAUAGCAAAUCUUAGGAAAGCUAUUCCAGAAGAGGACCCAAAGAAGCGACUUGGCUCAACUGGAAGCCGGCCUAAUUCAGAAGGAGAGUCUGCUCCUGAGAAUGUACCCAAACAGCCUUUACUUCCCCCGAAAAGACCCUUGUCCUCUUCUUAUGAAGCAAAUGAAGGACAAGCAAAGAAUGUCACUUCUUCUGGCAGCAUGACAAGGUCCAUCUCUUCCGCUUCCACCUCUUCCAUCAACACAGCACCUAGUGCCACCACUGCUGCCACAAAUCUAGCAAAGACUGCUAACUCCUUCAUUACACCUUCCCCGGCACCCAGGACUCCGUGUGCAGCUCCUGCCAGCACUAACACUACUACUACCCCAAGCCUUAUGCAUACAGUCCCUGCCAAGCAGCCUCCAGUUCCUCCACCUAAACCAGCUCACAGAAAUAGCAACCCUGUCAUCGCUGAACUGUCUCAAGCAAUAAACAGUGGUACAUUAUUAUCAAAACCAUCCCCACCUUUACCACCCAAGAGAAUCAUUCCAUCAAGCUUGGUACCCACCUUGGAACUUGCUGCUGUUGCGACCACGAAGACACCAAGUGAUCAAAGAGAGAACACAGGCUCUGUAGGCUCCGAACCACUGCUGAUGCUGCCACCCCCCACCCCCUCCCCACCACUGCCUACUCAUAUUCCUCCAGAGCCCCCGAGGUCCCCUCUAGUCCCUACUAAGACUUUCCAAGUUAUGCCAGAAAUUGAGUUUCUUCCACCCUUAGAUCUACCCCAUGAGGCUCGCCAGCAGGAAGAUCAGAAAAAAGAAGUCCCCAAGAGGAUAUUGGACCAGAGCUUUGGAGAGCCCCAUAUACCCUCUAGGCUGCCCCCAGUCCCACUGCAUAUUCGAAUCCAGCAGGCCCUGACCAGCCCACUUCCCACAACGCCUCCCUUGGAGGGCUCUCACAGGGCUCAUUCAUUGCUCUUUGAGAACAGUGACAACUUUUCUGAAGAUAGCAACACCCUGGGUCGGACCAGGUCACUUCCUGUCACUAUUGAAAUGCUGAAAGUUCCAGACGAUGAAGAAGAAGAAGAGCAAAUCUGCCCGUCUUCAUUCAGUGAAGAUGUGACAUCUACCUCAGUCAUUCCUAAACUGCCACAGUGUCUACAGGAGGAGGAGGAGGAAAAGGAGAGUGACUCUGAUUCAGAGGGUCCCAUUCAAUACCGAGAUGAGGAGGAUGAAGACGAAUGCCAUCAGAGUGCUCUGGCCAACAAAGUGAAAAGGAAAGACACACUGGCAAUGAAGCUGAACCAGAGACCCAGUGAACCAGAGUUGAACUUGAACUCUUGGCCUCAUAAAAGCAAGGAGGAGUGGAAUGAAAUACGGCACCAGAUUGGGAACACACUGAUCCGGCGACUGAGUCAAAGACCAACACCAGAAGAACUAGAACAACGAAAUAUACUGCAGCCUAAAAAUGAAGCUGAUCGUCAGGCAGAAAAAAGAGAGAUUAAACGUCGACUCACUAGAAAGCUCAGUCAAAGGCCAACUGUGGCUGAACUACUUGCCAGGAAGAUUCUGAGGUUUAAUGAGUAUGUGGAGGUAACAGAUGCUCAGGAUUAUGACCGACGAGCCGACAAACCUUGGACCAAACUGACUCCUGCUGACAAGGCUGCCAUAAGAAAAGAAUUAAAUGAAUUUAAAAGCUCAGAGAUGGAGGUGCAUGAAGACAGCAAACAUUUUACACGCUAUCAUCGUCCAUGAUGUUGAAGUGUGAGAGAGGAACUGUGUGACCUGCCCCCAAAAACAAGGCUGCUUAGCUGCUUCAGUCUCGAAUGACAUUUGGAAGGAACUCUAGCACUUGUCAGCACUGCCAGAAUGGCAUCCUCUGGGAUCUAGUUCUGGGGUACACAGCACUUCUAUGAAUGUAGCAUUUCACUGGAAGGGAUUCCCAUGUGCUACCCUGGGACAAAAGUGAACACUCUGUCAGUGUUGUUGAGCUUUUCAAUAUUGCAGCAUACUUGAGGGGCCUUCUCAGCCUAGCCACCAAAGUUCUGGGCCAUUUGCAGGUUCUGGGUUUUAUUGGCUCCCUGUACCCUCACCCCAGGAUGGCUGUGCUCAUUGUUUGCACCAUUAACCUUACUUGCCCCCCUGGGUUCUGAGACCCACCUGUGUAGGCAGUAAAUUCCAGCCAUCUGCAGGUCCUUUGGCAAAGAAGUCCCCACCUCCCGGGGAGGCCUCAUCCCAUGCUGGCGUUUCAGUGGGAAGCGUGCACUGAACCGCCUGUAACAGCAAUACCGUCCCCCACAGGCUCCUGAGCCAGCGGGCUUUCAGGAUCUGACAGAAGUCGUCCUGAUUGUAUUAAAAAGUGCUCUUGAAGAUGGAAUAGGAACUUUGUUUUCCUUGUCAUAAACAGUCUGAGCUGCAACCAGAAUCUAAGUUGGUUAAAUGAAAAAAAAAAAAAAAAAAAGUGUGUAUUUUCUACACAUGAACACAAACAAAAGGCCUUAAUCUUAAUACCAGCUUGGCAGAAAACUGACUUGCGGCUGAAGUUGUACAGGCUGUUGUAUUAUGUCAAAUGUUACUGUGCAUCACUUUAACCGACAGAUAUAUUUUCCAUAAAGCAGAGUUUUAGCAACUCCUUGGGAUCACCUGUGUGCUUUCAGUCCCCACACUCCCAGCCAGAAUCACAGCUAAGUUGUAAGGGGCGUGGGGUCUGCCAGAGGAACAGGGCUGGGGAGCAGCAUGGAGGGGCUCGGUCACAGCCCACUGCUCCUGUCUCCUUCUCAGUGCUGUCUGCCCUCUCCUGCUGCACGGUCCCUCUUCACGCCAGUCCUGACCCUCCUGCCCACCUGUGGCAGCUGUCACCUCGCUCACCCCUUCUCAUCCAUGCAAUAGCCAGUAUGGUUGUUACCUGGGCAUGGACCCAGCCCCCAACUCCUUUUGUAUUUAUAAUAUACAUUAAUAUGGUUUCCUGAAACAAAAUUUGUAUUUUUAUGAAAACCAAUCAGCCUCACUAUUUCCAUCUAAUUCCUAUCCAGACUAUAAGUGGGAAAAAAUAACUUCUAUUGUAACUGAAGACUGUGACUUUUUCUUUCACUUAAUGUUUAGGACAUUGUGGCCAUGUCAUGGUUUCUUCUGAGUUACUCUGCCGUCCCUGUCUUGUGUUAUGUGUGCAGCCUUCACGUUUUCUUCCUUUCAUGUCCAUUAAAGACAUGUUGAAGAAUCAGACUAUCAGGUCAAAACAAAAAAGCUGAAGUGGCCUUAAAGGUAGUGUCUUUCUGUGGGGAAAGGAGGGAUUUGGAUUGCUCAGUUACUGUCAGACGUUUCUGGCUAUGGAAGUAACACUAGAAUCACAUCUUCUUGAGCUCAGUCCACUGGGUAACUCGGAGAUCAGUGAUGAUUCUCCUGAUCUGUAGAGGUCUGAAUGUAAGGUGGCCCACAUGGCGUGACCGCCACCUGGACUUGUAACCUCUUGCUCGAUGGUGUGGGCACUGCUCGGCUUUACGCCCGAAUUCUCUGUGGCCCUCGUUUUAAUGAGGUUUUCCAGUCCUUCCUUCACUGCCUUUCUUUCCCUUAAUGUGCCAACCCUGAAACAGGACUUGAUUUCCCGAACUACUUGUCUGCCUCUAUGUGCCACCAAGGAAUCUGGAUGAAUGUUCUCAUGUUCUUGAGAUAAGACACUCUGGGGGUCAAAGUCUGUUGAGGGUUUUUUUGUUGUUAUGUACAUAAAAAUGGAUCUUGUGUUCCUUUGCUGUGUAAGUUGGUACUGUCAUGCAAACUCACAAUCAUUAUGUAAAAAAAGAAGUAAAAGCCUGGUGUACUUCAAGAUUCUUCCCUGAUGUAUAGAAUCUCCUUGUAAAAUAAAUCAUUUUGUUGUAUAUCAGCCUUCCCAUCAAUAUUAAUUAUUAAAGUAUUUUAGAAUUUUAAAAUA